AUGGCUUGCCGUCCAGCAGUCCCCUCCCUUUCCCUGGGUCUACCGUCGAUUCAUCCCCUUCCCCGCAGGCUUGACCAAGCAGCGCGGUACGGACUCGACAUCGAGCUUUUUCACGAUGACGUACUCGAGACUGCGAAGGACAUUACCGGCGUGCAUACCGCCGCAGACAGCCAGAUCAAAGCCGCUGCGAUCAUCCGUUUGCUCUGCGACGAACGAAGAAUCAGCGUCGUUUGCCUGCAGCCUUUCCGGCACUAUGAAGGCUUGAGGGACCGACACAGACAUGCGGAGCGGAUCGAGGAAAUGAAGCUGUGGAUUCACCUUGCCGAAAUCUUAGGCACGGAUCUGAUUGGCAUACCUUCUUCAUUCUUACCUACGACCGAAGCAAGCGGCGACCUUGACCUGAUCACUCAGGAUCUGUGCGAAAUUGCGGACCUGGGCGCUCCUCGAGGCAUCAGAUUUACAUACGAGGCUUUAGCAUGGGGAACGUACAUUGAUACAUGGGAUAAGUGCUGGGAUGUCGUAAAGAGAGUCGAUCGGCCCAAUUUUGGAAUUUGCUUGGACACUUUCAACCUAGCCGGACGCGUGUAUGCCGAUCCAGCAGCAGCGUCGGGCAGGACCGUCGACGCACGAACUUCAAUCGUGUCGUCCCUGGCUCGUUUGAAGCACACAAUAGACAUCAAGAAGCUUUUCUGGGUGCAAGUGGUGGACGCGGAGCGUCUUGAUCAACCUUUGGACAGCAAGCACCGGUACCAUGUCGCUGGUCAGCCUGCUCGCAUGAGCUGGUCUCGGAACUGCAGGCUAUUCUACGGUGAGGAGGAUCGGGGCGCCUUUCUUCCGAUAAAGGCAAUUCUUGAAAUUAUUCUGUUGGAUCUUGGCUUCAAGGGCUGUCUAAGCGCAGAAUUGUUCAACAAAAGUCUUGCCAAUCCGGAUCCAUCGACUCCAGAAGAGCAUGCCCGUAGAGCGAUCAAGUCAUUUCGAAGGCUAGCGAGUGAUUUUGGCUUUGAGAUGUAG